AUGGCCCUUCCAACCCUCUCCAGAGUCGACCUCAUCGCCCUCUCGGAAACAGACGUAACCCAGCCCAUCCCCAAAGAAUCCAUCUUCGCCGCCCUCGCCACCCCGCCCUUCCUCUACAUCCCCGGGACUUUCAACACCCGCGACCUCGGUCUCCUCCCUCUCACUCCUCCUUCCCCUAGUGGCAAUACCAAUAGCCAAACCCGCAAAGUCGGAAUCCGCCCCGGCCUCAUCUAUCGCUCCGGCGGCUUUUUCCCAAACGGCGGCUUCAACGACGCCGCCAAGACGCAGCUGGCUACACAGCUCGGCAUCAAGAAAAUCUUUGACAUCCGCUCCGUGCGCGAACACGCACAUGCUCCGGACCCGGAGAUUCCCGGUGUGAAGAAUGUCUGGAUCGCCGCAACAGAGAAGGAAGCAACUGUUAAUUUGGCUGAUUUCUUGGAAGGAAAGGGCGAAAGGGGGUAUGUAAAGAUGUAUAUGGAUGUUCUGAGCGGGUAUAGGGAUGUUAUUGGGGCUUUACUUCGAAGUUUGUUGGAAACUCCUGACGAGGCGGUACUGUUUCAUUGUACGGCGGGGAGGGACAGGACCGGCGUGGUCGCGGGAUUAUUACUGAGUUUGGCGGGGGUCAGUGAGGAGGAUGUGCAGAUGGAUUGGAUGUUGAGCAGGAUUGGGACGGAGAUGGCUAGGGAGCAGUUACUGGGUUUCGCCAUGAAGGGGGCUGGAGUGGCCAGUGUGGAGAGUGAAGGGUUUGGAAACUUGGUUAGUCUGAGGAGGGAGUGUUGGGCUGCGUUUGUUAAAGAGGUUAAGAGGGUUUACGGAGGGUGGGAGGGGUAUGUGAGAAGGGAGUUGGGGUUGGGGGUGGGGGAGGUGGAAGCUUUGGGAAGGGUUUUGAGGGGGGAGUGA